AUAAAUUCUUCAGAUAUCAUUUCAGCCACUCAGAUGUUAUCUUGUUUAGGUACUGUGUAUCUUUUGUUCUUUACACAUUUGUUUAUUGUUACUCAUAAUAUUGUCUAUCCUUUUCUCAAAUAUCUCUUUCAGUGAUUUUGAAGCUGUAUGAUCUUCCAUUGAAAGGUUAUAAUCGCAAAGGACAAAAACGAGAAUACAGUAGAUAUGGCUCAUGCAAGUGUGGCUUCUCUUAUGAGAACAGUGGAAUCGCUCUUGACAUCCAAUUCACCGAUGCAAUCUCUAUCCUGUGAUUACAGAGAAGAAUUUUGCGCUCUGGAUGAAAAAGUUAGUUCCCUGGAAGUAUUUGUCAAGCACUUUGAGAAAAACAAUGUUUCUGUGGAUAUGACAGAUUUUGAAGUAGAGCUAAAAGAAGUUGCAAAUGUCGUUGAGCACACAAUUAAACUAACUGAAGUUGUAUUGGCAAAUGAUGAAAAGACACAUGAGAGGCUUGCUGAUACCCUGCAACAAGUAGCAGAGGACAUGGAUCGUAUCUGGAAAGAGUCGACAAAGAUUCAAGAUAAAGGCAAACAAGUAUCAGAGGGAUCAUUGGUUCAAGAUUUUUCAAGUUCAACAAAAAGUAUUCUGAAUGUUAACAACAAUAUGGUUGGACGUGAUGAUCAAAAGGAACGCUUGUUAGAAGAUCUGAGUAUAAGCUACUCUGGCGAACAGAAAGUCAUCCCGAUAGUCGGGAUGGGAGGCAUAGGUAAAACAACAUUAGCGAAAGAAGUUUACAAUCAUGAAUCAAUUCUACGCCGUUUUAAUGUUCGUGCCGGGGCUACUGUAUCUCAACAGCACAACAUAAAGGAAAUUUUGCUGAGCCUUCUACAAUCGACGAUCAAAAUGUAUGACACGGUUAAGACGAAAGGUGAAGCAGAGCUAGCGGACAUGCUGCAGAAAAGUUUAAAGAGAAAGAGGUACUUAAUUGUCUUGGAUGAUAUCUGGAGUUGUGAAGUGUGGGAUGGCGCGAGACGAUGCUUUCCGACUGAAGACAAUGCAGGGAGUCGAAUACUAUUGACUACCCGUAACGAUGAAGUAGCUUGUUAUGCUGGUGUAGAGAAUCUUUCUUUGCGGAUGAGCUUCAUGGAUCAAGAUGAGAGUUGGAGUCUUUUCAAAAGUGCAGCAUUCUCAAGUGAAGCAUUACCAUAUGAGUUCGAGACUGUUGGAAAGCAAAUUGCAGAUGAAUGUCACGGGUUACCACUAACAAUUGUUGUGGUUGCAGGGCUUCUCAAAUCUAAAAGGACAAUAGAAGAUUGGAAAAGUGUUGCUAAAGAUGUCAAGUCAUUCAUCACAAAUGAUCCUAAUGAACGAUGUUAACGUGUGCUUGGGUUGAGUUACGAUCACUUGACAAACAAUCUAAAAACAUGUCUUCUGCAUUUCGGAAUUUUUCCAGAAGACAGAUAUUCCAGUGAAGAGAUUGGUGAGAUCAUGGAUGGCUGAGGGGUUCCUGAAGAUGGAAAAUGAUUUGGAAGGAGAGGCUGAGAAGUGUUUGCAAGAGCUUGUCGAUAGAUGUCUAGUCCUCGUCUGCAAGAAAAGUCGAGAUGGAACAAAAUUUAAAAAAAAAUUAAAAAUCCAACGAAAA